GUUCAAGUGCCGCCAUUUUAGCUGUGUAGAAAGUUGAAGUGUAAAUUUUUUGGUGAUGGUGUGAUUAAAUUGAAUGUAUUUUAAUCCCAAGGAGUUAACAUGGCCAAGGGAAGUAAUAAUCUCAGGGGUAGAACUUCUGAUGCUUCCAAGCCAUACGAUGUUUCAAAUUCUUUCGUGAAGAGGGUGGCCUCACGCAUGACAGGACUGCUGUCCCAACCAGCAUGGUUGUCUCGAUGGAUGUCCCCAGCUGCAGUGCCCAACGUCAAUGACUUUGCGGGACAUUCUCUAUCAUCGACUAUAACCUCUCGUCCUCCAGCUACCUCAAGAGCGGAGUUGAACCUAGCAGACAAUGUGGAUCACCAUGUUCCAGCCAAGAAGCCUCGGACCAGCCGUUAUAAUUCUCCCAUUAACCAGAACAACUUUCUCAGAAGUGAAGUUUACAAUGCAGAAGACAUCAGUCCUAUACCAGUUAGAGGAGAGCCGGUUGCGUCCAGUUCCAGUAGUACCAAUCCUGAGAUAAUUGCCUCCACACCAGCUGUCCAUGUUCAACAACAGAAUUCUACAAAAGUCAACGGUGAUGAUUGCUCAGAAACGAGUGAAUCUACAAGUGGCUGUUCAUCUCUAGUUCCUCAAGCACAGUCUAUGACUCGGAGUUUGGGUGGUCACAGAUACAGAACUGUAGCUUCAGGAGCACACAUGGAUUCGCUUCACAGGAGAAGACCUUCGUUUAGUACCACAACAUUUUCGUCCCCUAUGAGAGCCAGCAUGCGUGAGAGGCUCGGCAGCUCACCAUUCUACUCCGGCAGAACCAUGUAUGGGGGUUCGUCGCAGGCAUACCUGUCCGAGAUACACUCUCCACAGAGGCGAGUCGGUCCCACAGUCAAGCCUACACCUGCUCAGCAAGCGAUUCCUCUCAGCUCUACAGCCAAGCGCAUCCUGGAUGCCCUGGAGCAAUUUUCCACACCGGUAAUGGAUGCAAAGCGCAUACCCGUGGUGACCGGAGUGAAGAGAAAACUAGAGUCAAGUAAUCAGCGAUACCCAGAGCUCAGUAUACCGAGCACGCCCGACUUGCUGAGAGUGAAGAGACGAGAGAGACUACAGCAGAGCACCUCGGCUGCUCGUCAGACAGCCACUGCAACUACCAUGCCUUCACUUCCUUCUGCUACUCAAUAUUCUAUCAGGAAAGAGGAUGAUGAUGAUAGGAAACGACAGACUGGCAAGGUCAAAACAAAGGAGAAGGUUGCAGAUGAAGCUCUUGAAAAAGUACAGUUACCAUCUGUUGUUUUAUCUGUGGACAAUCUUCCCAAAAUAGACAUUGCAAUUCCUCCUCCACCACGUGCUCAAAGCUUAGCUACGAUUCAGCCAUCACCAGUGGGAACUGGCUGCAAGUUCGAGUUCGUUUCUCCUCAAACUGAGCAACAUAAUGUUAUUGAUCAUGAUUAUAAAUAUCCAGUGACCUCUUUUAAGUUUAGUGCUCCAAUCAGUGAAACAAUCUGCAAAUCCAGUGACAGUAACAAAAAAGUUGUAAGUUCCGGUAGUGUAUCCUCUUUGUCUAGGACAUCUAGUGACAAUCUUACAAGUAACUUAAAAAGACAAAGAAGCAAAGAUGAUGGUGGUGAUGAAACGUCAGUGAGUGUUACAGGUGUAAGCACAACCAACUUGUCUCACAGUUUAGCAGAUUCCUCCUCAUGGAAACCUUCUCCAUCGAAUUUUGUUACAUCACAACCAGACGUUAAACCUAACUCCUCUUGUGAGAGUGAUACUAGCAAGAGAUCUGUAAAUUCUAGUGACAAUCAAUGGGAAUGUUCUGGAUGUAAAAACAAAAAUCUGUUUAGUAUUGAAGUGUGUACUGCAUGCAAAACAAAGAAAAACUCAAAACCGAUUGAUACAAUUAAAAAUAAUGUCAAACCUUCAACCACAUCAGGGUUUGGUGACUUGUUUAAGAAACCUGUUGGCACAUGGGAAUGUUCAACUUGCAUGAUUCAAAAUAAAAAUGAUGCAGUAAAGUGUGUCGCUUGUGAAUCUGCAAAACCUGUUGACGAAGAAAAAUGUAAAUCUGUUCCUAUUUCAGCUUCAAAAGCCAACUCAAGUGUAGUUGCUUCACCCGUAUUUGGUGCCAAAGUCACUGCUGAGACAAAAGCUUCCACAACAGUAGUAUCGGGCUUUGGUGAAAAAUUUAAGAAGCCGGCUGGCUCCUGGGAUUGUGAAGCCUGUAUGGUCACUAACAAAAAUGAAGAUUUGAGUUGUGUUGCUUGUAGCACACCAAAAGCUGAUAAAAAAACAGGUAACACACCUAAAACAGAAAUAAAGGCGGAGACAAAACCAUCAGGCUUUGGUGACAUGUUUAAGAAACCUCUGGGAUCGUGGACUUGCAAUGAAUGCUUUGUGUCUAAUGGAGCAGACGAAGUUAGUUGUGUGGCUUGUCAGACUGUUAAACCAGGUGCCACCUUACCAAAGUCAGAAAUCUCCACUCCUAAGUUUUCAUUUGGAAUACCCACUUCAGCAGCAGUUGGUAAUAAAGAAGUAAGUUCUACAUUUAAAUUUGGGAUUGUUAAUGAUGAGCAGGCAAAAUCAACACCAAGCACAUCUUUCAUUAUGCCAAAAUCCAGUUCUGGCAAUGAUCUUGAAUCCAAAGCUCCAGUUUCAUCUCAGGUCUUUUCAUUUGGUGUACCAAAAACUGCCGAAACGGAUGAGAAUAAAAGUGGAGUUACAACUAGUACUCCUAAACCAGUUUUCCAGUUUGGGUCUGCAAAACAAAAUGAACCAGAACCAAAAUUACCAUUUGGAAGUGUAACAACAACCAAACCAAAUACGUCUGACGGUGCAUUUGGAAAUGCUGGGAAAACAACAGAUAAAGAAGUAAUUAAAGAAACAGCACCAGUGAAAUCAAGCAUUGAACUGGGUAUUACACCGAGUACAGUAGUAUCUUCAAUACCUAGUUCUAAUGUAGUUGAUAGUGAAAAGGCAGCAACACCUGCAUUAGGUGAAAAAUCUCUUACCAUUGCUGAUAAAAUAUCUACCACAAAACCGAUGUUUACAUUUAACACAAACAAAGUUACUGGUAGCCUAAAUGCGACUGAUAAACCUAAUGAAGGAAGUUUAAAUCCAACUUUUAUGUUUGGGAAGAAGGAGAAUUCGGACAAUGUUGCAACAACCGUAAUAACGAAUCCAAUUGCUGUAAGUGCACCUGUCAAUGUGUUCAAGUUUGGAGAAACCAAAACUAUCGCUUCAAGUGUUGGGUCGGACUCUUCAUCCUCUGUAAACACUCAGCCCAGUUUUACAGCUCCUAAAGCAAAUAACAUAUUCACUUUUGGCUCAAGUAUAGAAAAAAAAGAAGCAAAUUUUGGAACUUCUGCCACCAAAGAAACUCCAUCGACUAAUACAGUGACUUUGCCAUCUAAUGAGAAUAAACCGGUAUUCGGUUCUUUUGGCACGACAUCCACCCCAUCACCAGCGUUUGGGAGUAACAAUGUCUUUGGAAGCAGUAGCUUUGGCAGUAAAGAUCAGCCUAACCCUUUUGUUCCUCAAACAACGUCCAAUGUUUUUGGAACUACCCAAACUACAAAUGCUUCAGCUACAAGUACCUUUUCAGGGUUUGGCCAGACAAAUGCUAAUGCUUUCCAAAAUGCCUCUCAAGACAACAAGUCUUCAGCUGUUUUUACAUUUGGAUCAGCAUCAACAUCUUCCAAGGAAUCAGCACCAUCAGGUGGUGGUUUUGUUUUCAAUCCUGUCAUGGAGAAAAGAGCCGAGCCAGCAUUUGGUUUCUCAGGAAAUCAAUCAAAUCCCUCAGCACCAGUGUUUGGAUUUAACAGUACCUCAUCAGCUUCAUCGACAUCCUUCAACUUUGAACCAAAACCUUUUGGUUCGGGAAUAACUCCGUUUAGUGGAACAAGUGAGGCUCCUGCUCCAGUUUUUGGAACACCUGCUCUACAACAGGUGACUCCGGCGUUUGGAGAACAAACAAAUCCAAACCCUGUGUUUGCUUUUGGAUCACAACCCUCACAGACACCUGCCACUUCAGUGUUCGAGUUUGGAUCUGCCCAGCAGCAGGCCACACCGAUAGCUCCUGCACCCUCUACUACAUUUGUGUUUGGGGCAACACCAACAGUCGCUACAACCGACCCCAACCCCAUCCUUUGACCCCAACAUCAAGCCGACAUUCAAUUUCUCUCAGGGAACCACGCCAGUGUUUUCUGCAAUUCCAACUGUGAACUCAACUGGAACUAGCCAGCCACCAAAUCGAAAGAUUCGUAAAGCUGUCAGACGGACGAACAUGUCAUCAGUUCGACAAUCUUAAUUUUUAGUUAUUUAAUUAAUAAAUAUUUGUGGUAGCAACGGUACGUCAGUAAUUAGUUUCCUACUUUACAGUCAAUUGUGCAUAUUAAUUACAAUUAGUAUAACUAAAAGAUUAUUACGGUUGUGUUGUUGACUUUUUUUAACUGGACUUACUUUUAAUGCCUUUAAAGACUUUUAGAACACGUAAAUUUGUUAUUACAACUUAAGUUCUACUGUAAAUGGAAAGUAUAUGAUCAGAAUUUAUUCAGUAAUGUAUAUUUUGAGCGGAAAGUAAUCUCUUUUAUGUAACCAAACAUAUACAUCGUCUUUGGUUUUGUUGGGUUUAUUUUCUAGUUUUAAGGAAGUUAUUUAGCCUUAAGCAAAAAGUUGGAUGUCUUUUAUAUCCUUUUUUUGAAUUUUAAAAAACCUAGUCAAACUUUCAAAAAAAAUAGUGUCUUAUCUAUGAUUUUUACAGUUUAAAGCAAAUGCCAAAGAUUUGGUUUGCGACAUUGUCUAAUAUUUAUUUAUGUACAUUUUACAUGGAGAUUCGACUAUAAUUAUGUCGUUCGGAAAAGGGUGUAGAAAUAUACAUGCAACUUUUUUCUUAUGUAUUCCAUCUCUAGAUGGAUUGUAUAUAGUAUAGUAAAAAUUUAUCCACAUUUCAGUUUGGCUCUUGUUUGUUACUGUCCCUGUAGCGUUGUACUUCAAUUAGUUGUUAAAUCAUAAGUAGCCACUUGAAAGUUUUAAAUUUGUGCUUUUUCUAAAUAGACUGUUUUGUCUUCAAAAAUAGCAAAUAUUAAGUAGUUGUAUAUUAAAUGUUGAAAUUUAUAAAUACCGGUACAUCAUUUAUACAAUCUUUGCUGGCCAAAUAUUAGUAUUUAAUAUGUUAAAAUCCAUUGGACUCUUUUGGACAAUCUUUUGAGGUAUAAUUAGUCUACUGGCACAAACACAAAAUGUUACAUUAAUUAUAUAGAAUUAAGGCAUAUAAUAUGUUGUGUAAAAUUAGUUUAAGCUCAAUAUUUUAUAUGCAUUGCAUACUAAUAGUUACUUAUACUAAAACAAAACAAUUAUAUUUUUCAGUAUUUGCUGUACUGCAGUUUGUUGCCAUAUUCAAACACAAAUAUUUGUUAUAUUACAUGAAUAUAAAAAAAUAUAAAUUCUAUAAGUAUUAAGCAAAAUUAUUUAGCCUUUCUUAUUGGAUAAAAUAAAUACCUACAAACUUAUUGAUUGGACAAUUUUCCACAAGCCAAAAAUGAGAUUUAAAAAUAUUGUGGGCAUGCUUGCUAACUUUACAUUUGGCAGACUUUCAAAACUAAUAUGCCCAUUUAAAUGACUUAUUUAUGUUAAUUUUUGUGUAAAUAAAUAAUUGAAGAAGUGUCAAUGCUAUUAUGUAAAUGUAUAAUUUUAAAUUACAUGGCUUUUUACAUUCAAGAUUCUAUGAACAUUAAAAUAUUUUGUAGCACAGUGAGUGAAAAUUUGUUAUUAAAACGUACAGAUUAAAGUUAGUUCAUAGUAAAUUAUAACCCCCUCCUCCUCUUCCCCCCCCCCCAAAUGAAUGAAGUUAGCUUCAAAUAGAACAAAUUUAUAACAUGAGGGUUUUAUUAUGAUCACCCUGUCUAGUUUGUAAUGUGCAAGAAUACGAUUUAAAGUCUUAUUAUUAUGUUGGUUUCUUGUAUUGUUGUUUCUUUGUGAACAUAUCAAUUAUAAUAAAUUUAAUUAAUUUAUAUCAGAUAAAUAAAUUGUGAUAAUCUGGAUUUAAUCCAAGUAUUACUAAAACUUGACUAACAUUGUACAGAUCUAGGAUUGUGUUGUAAAUACAUGUUAUAUUGUUAAUUUCAAAUAAAAACUAAAAUAAUAGACUAUUUCUUUGAAUUGUGGCAGUCCCCAAUUAAUUUCAAAUAAAAACUAAAUAAUAGACUAUUUCUUUGAAUUGUGGCAGUCCCCAAUUAAUGUAGUUGAAAUCAAUUGAUACCUUCAAAUCUGUUUGAAUUUAUUGACUCUUUUGAAGUGUCAUGGACGUUGAUUUUACAUGGUCACAGGUUUCAAAUGGCACUGUAUAACCUAAAAUAAAAACUUCUUAAUGAUAACAUAACAAAAGGGUAUAACCAGCUUUAGUGCGUUUGUUAUAUAACAACAACGCCAAUAUAGCAAGUGGUGUUGCAAGUGUUAGUAUAAACACUUCUAGUUCCCAAAACAACUUAUUUAGAUGAAAAUACAAUUACAAUCCAUUAACACUAAAACAGUUCAAUGCCCUAAUGUUACUUCUAAUAUAAACAAGAUCAAUUGUAAUUUGUUACAUUUGGAUUAUUUAUAAAAUACUAUGAUCUUUUUGUCACCACUAUUUAUAAUUUGAAUUAAUAAUAACUUACCCAAGUUUAUGAUAGAAUCAUUGAAGGAAAACCCAAGAAUAGAAAGUUAGUGAAAUUAUAAAGUUCAAUUCAAAUAUUGUUUCAACAUUUUAUUUCUAUUCUAUUACCUUAGCUGGCUGAUAAGAGUUUGUACAAUUUAUACUUUAAGAUUAUGCAAACCAUUUCGACUAUAGACUAAAACAGAAAAUUUUUGGCUACUAUUGUCAAAACAGAUAAUCUAGAUUUUUGCAAUUAGAAGUUAGUUCAAAUCCUGACCUUGAAAUUAAUAUAUUUGCAUGAUUAAAAAGGCUUAUUUUGUUUGUGUUAUUAUUCCAUAUUCUUACUUCAGAUAAUGGUUCACUCAUAUAUAACGAUUGUUCUGUAAUUAUGUGCUCUUACAUAUUUUAAGUAAAUUACUGAAUUUACUUAAAAUUGAAUCCCAUGCUAGGAAGGCAGAGAGAAAUUUGUCUGAGUCAUUGACUGAAACUUAGCAUAGUGAAAAGCUUGUUUUUGAAUCAAGAUAGCAAAACUUAGUCGUCCCUAUUGGUUUUUGGCAGAUUGAUCUCCCAAUACCUCCAGAAUCAGUGCAGUCAUCAUACCUGUAAUAUAAUUUUGCCAGGUAUGAACCAAAAACACUAAACAAAUUUGAGGCAAAACUUGUCUCAAUGGUUUUGUAGUUGUCUUCAAUUAAGUUAAUUUUUUUAAAUUGUAACUUCUUUUUUCAAAUUGAAUUGAAACAAAGUGUUUCUGCCAUUGAUACAGUCUCUGGUGGUUUGAAAUCAUGAAUUAUUAGUGGGUUCUGCCUUACUUUGAUUGUUCGGCCCAUACAGUACUGAAGCGUUCAAACUGGAGAUGAGUUGUUGUGAUAUUUUAAAUUUAAUUUAAAGCAAAGCAAGCCCUGGUUUUUCCUCCAAUCGUUUUUGUAGGUUGGUGGUUGAAUAGUGUUUUGUCAUGAUCUUAUCAAGACUAUCAGGAUCUUUGUUAUCUAACAAAACACUGGAGACCCUCUUGUAAAAUACUGCCAGUUCUUCUCGCAUGCCUGGCUGGUUCAGAUUUUCGAUAAGGUAAUUACGUGUCAAAACUAUUCUGUUUCCAUAUUUGGAAAGUAUUUUUCAAAAUUUGUAGCACCAUGUUGCAAUUUGUGUUAUUUGCUUAUCUGUUAGUUAAAGCUAGGUAUGGUGUAAACAGCUGAGGUAAAAACCUAAAAGACAAACAGACUUAAUUACAGUAGAGCGUCAAUAAUCCAAAUCAAUUGGGACACAACUCCGUCCAGAUUUUUUUUAAUGAACAAAAAAAAGAGGUAAUGACGAAUAGCUAAUAAGUUAUGUGCAAAUGAGCAUAAAUAUGUUUACGAAAGCGGAACAGAUAAACGAAACUUUUCAUUACUGUAGUAAAAGCUUUAAAUGUUUUACUCACAGAAAAAUACAGUAGUCUUAUUUUGUGUAAUGCACAUCUAAGCUAUACAGAAAUAAAACACUUUGUAAAGUAAAAACGUGAUAAAUAAAUAUUUUAAAUUACGAAAUAUUUUAAGUUGAAGAAUCUUUGUUGAUUUCUGAACCACUGUAUUGAUUCUUUUUUUCAGCCAUUAUCUUUAUUUGGUUAAGGAGAACGAGGUGAGUUUGUGUACUUUCAGUCGGUCUUACAAACCACGCAAUCAAAGUUUCUGCUGCCAUAAAAUCAUUAGAAUGUGUCGGCUCAUUUGUUAUAUUAAAUCUAUAAGGAAAAUAAAAACUUAUAUAAUUAUUUAUUGUUCAACUUUAGUAUAGGCCAUUUUGAUCCAUAGUCUGUGAAUACCUCAUUUGGAAAUGAAACAAAACUAAGUAAGAUAAAGCUAAAAUUUAAAUAGUUGAUAAAUAUUAGUUUAAUUCUCUAUUUGCAAAAAGCACAAAUGGUUUAUUAUAUUAUUAACGGUUUUGUCAUGUAAUACUUAUUUUAUACCCAAGAGAAUUAUAUUUUUUCUUUAUUAGGUUAAGUAUUGAAAAAUAUGUAAAUAAUGCACUAAUAACUGGACUGUUUGUGGUGCUAUUAAAAUUGAUAAUAUUAAUUAAAAUUAUCCUGGCCUGAUGAACAUUGUUACUGUUGUAUUUCCAAACUGAAAUGUGUGUGUACGUGUGUGUGUGUUUGACAUACUUGUUUAUUUUUACAAAACCAUUUUUAACUCCACCAGGUUUUAUUUAAGAUGAUGUUUGAUUAGUUGUGUACAAUCUUCGUACACACUAUUUACAUUUGUACAUUAUAUUUACUAAAAAUUAUAGUUUUAACUUUGCAUAACUCCUUGUUAUUUUCAUUUAAUUUUAGACACCAUGCCAACUUUAUUGGCUUCAAUGUUAUUUUUUGUUAUUUAAUUUGUAAUGAUGACCACCAUUAAUAAUUAUGAUUUCUACUAAUAUUCAAAGUAAAUGAUUUUUGUUAGUAAAUUAAACAGUAAUAAUACAUUUGAAAGAAAUAUUGUAAUAUAAUUUAUUAUAAAUUUAGCAGGUAAGUUUUAGCUAUUAAUAUAUUACUAUUGUUAGUGAAAUGAGAGAAACUCACAAAAAUUCUUUUACAGUGUCGCUCUCAUUAUUAGUCUUUCAGAAAUUUGCAUCAGAAACUGCCAAGGGUAUUGGUAUUGUGGUUGUUAUUGUUUCCUUAUUUUAUUAUUGUUAUUUAACUAGCUUAAAGUUCUUUUGUCAAUGAACUAGUACAAUUCUUUUGCUAAACUUUUCUAAUUUAAAAUUUUAAUUCAGAGUUUAUUUCUGUUGUCAUAUUAAAUUCAGGACACUAAUUUAGUACAAAUAUUUUUUCUAAUUUAUUAAAUUAUAUAGUUUUUUUUUUAAUUUUGUAAACUUGAACUGAGUUUUAAAUCAUAUUAUAAAGUUCCAUUAUUUAAAAUUAAACUAAAUCGCCUUAUUACUAAAUUUAAAUGUUUAUUUUCCAUAAAGUCAUUUAUUUAUUUUAACUGCUUCGGUAAAUGAGAGAAUGUGUUUUCAUUAAUUCCAACAAUGUGUUGUUUUGAAUUAACAUUUGUUAGCUCUUAAAAUGAGUCACAACAUUGUUCUUUAAACUUAAAUUAACUGAUUCAUUUUUAAUUAUCAGGCUAAUGUGGCUGGUGAGAUGACUAUUGCUAAUGCAAUUCAAAUAUUAAAAUAUUUCAGCCUCUGUGGAUAGCCACUUCAGUCAACUAAUGUUGGGACCAAAACUCAUUCGUUUUGCUAAGUUCUGUGGCUAUUUUAGCAAAGUGAAUUUCCUCCUUUUAACUUAGUGAUUAAUAAGGUAUAUUCAUAAAAAACCUAAUGUGAACUUAUUGUUUUAUAAAAUUGUCUUUUUCUUUAUUAGGAUGAGGAUGAUUAUACAUAGUUUUGGCUGAGAUAUAGUUUUCCAAACCAAAAGGAGAGCAUUUUUAACUAAAUUCCAAACAAUUAAAAUAUAACAGGCUAUCUGGUUCAAAAGAAGUUCAUUAUGAAAUGCUUGUGUCCACCAGAACAUCUGAAAAUGGAUAUUUCAACCAAAAUUAAAAUCCUAUACAAGAAAUUGUUCAAUGAUUAUUGUUACCUUCGCAGGUGUUAUUAAUGACCAAGAGCAGUACUAGGAAGUAGUACAGUAUUGCAUUAACUGUAUUGCGUAAAACAAAUUAACUAACCAACAAUUAAUUUUUGGAUAACAACUUAAAGACAAAUGGUUUACUAAAUAUGAAAUUUAAUUUCAACUGUACAAUGUUUUAAAAAAGAGAAUGUUCAUAUAAAUUUCUGCCAGAAGUAGAAAUGACAUCUUUGGGACACCAAUAUAUGAACUUGAAUACGUGAAUAAACUUGGAUCACUUUGCUAUGCACAUCGACAAGGCAAAAUGGCUACAAUGUCACAUUCUAUGCAGUAAAUUAGUUUUAUAACUCAAAUUAUGAACACCUAUAAAAACGUAAAAUAGACUAACCUCAAAUCAUCUACACAAAAAAUAGCUGGAAGAAACCAUAUCCUUUCAAAUAUGGAGACAUGCAUGAAAAAGUAUCUGAAACAGUUCUAUAAAAAAUGUUACGGUCACUAGUUAGAGUGCUUUUGGCACUAUAUGUAUGUAUUUGUUUCUAUGAAUUUUUGAGCCUUAAAUCUAAAAGGAGAGUAUUAAUUGUUAUUUAUAAAUUUAAACAUGGGAAUGUCAAAUGUAUCCAUCAAUAUAUGCAAAAAUCUGAAAAUUGGUUUUUUAAGGCUGAUUCCCCGAGCCAAGAUUGAAAGUUUGGAGCUUGGUGAAAUGGAUGAGAUGAUCCAACUAGAAUAUCUUGUGGAAGUUACAAUCAAAAACUGGGGCUUACUUGAAAUAGAUUUUUUACAGAGCAUUAACUGUAUCAAAGGAAAAAUAUAAUAAAUUACAGCACAAUAGCUAAAUCUCAAGUGUGUUGUACUAUUAUCUUUAUUAAUUUUUUUUUUUUUUCAAAAAGAAUUAAAACUUAAUUUGACCUAACAAGAACCAUCUGGAUGCUGCGCUUCCUUUGUAGCUUGAAUUUUACUUAACUACUAACCUUCAUUAUUUCAACUAUACAUAGCUUUAAAAUAUUGUGGUGUACAGAAUACACUAAAUUUGCGUGUUAGAGGCAUCUUGGUUUACACAGAUAAUUGUACGUGACAUUUCAAGAGAUUCCUAGUGUUUGUUUUGUGGUUUUAGACAAAAAGUCUUUGAAGACUAAAUAAAGUGAAAUCCAGUUAGAAAACAUAUUUUUUUAUCAAAAUAUUGUCUGUUUAAAUUAGUGAUUUAAAUUAUUUUGUUGUGAAAUAGUUACAUAUUCUAUUUAUAGAAAUACGUUUCUGUCAUAGUAUUAGCCACACACAACUGCCUUGUCUGUUAAUAGAUGUAUUUUUACUAUCCUGUUCAUAAAUUGCUGGGCUCUGUGAUUUUCUUGAAUAAAGGUUGACGUGAUUUUGCUGAAAUUAGUGAUUUGUUGACCAAAUGUGGACAAAAUAAAGAAAUUGUUUUUAAACUAGUGUUCUAACAAUCUAAAUAAGUGUAUCUAAAAUAUUGCAAUAAAAAUAUAAAUGUAUACAUAAAUAAUAUAAAUUGAAUAUUCAUAAACUAAAAAGUAAUAUAUGACUUAAUAAUACAUUUCAUAUAUAAUUAAUAGCUCAUUAUGUGAAACGCGUUUGUUAUUUCAAAUUGGUACAAAUUCGUUUUGAGCAAACUCUGAUUAUAUUUUUUAUUUAAAUACAUAAUAUAAAAUUCAGGUAAAUUCUUUUUUGCUGUGACCGAAAUACUCCAAUACUAAUUACCAUACAAUAUUUAUCACAAGAAAUGAACUACUGAAUUUGAAUCCAACAUCCUAUAUAUAAAUUGUAUUAUUUUAUCCAUUAGUAGGGAAAUAAAAAAAAGUAAUUAAUCAAUUAAUGUAUCUUCAACGUUAAAUCUUCUCAACAAUGGUUUUACAAACAAACUUUGACGUAUAAAUUGAUUGGUUACGUUCUGUAAAUUUUAAUUUGCUGUUCAUAACUGAGACGUAUAUGUUGCACAGUGUUGGUUGGCGAGUGUACAUAUUUACGAGAGGCCUAUUCAACCUUUACAACAUCAUUUAAAAAUUAACUGAAGCAGUUAUUUCACUCUUAUUAUAAUCUCUUUUAUGUUUACCUUGCUUUCAGUUUGAACUUAAAAUAUUUUGUAAAAAGAAUACAAUUUUAAUUUUUAGUUUAGUUUGCAUUAUUGUUAUUAGGAAUUUCAAGGUACUUAGACCAAUCCAAAUACCUCCUCCAUAAUUUUAUUUUUGUUACUAUUACCAUUGUGUGUUAUUUUACAUUUCGGAUACUUUAUGUGUACUUUCCAAACGUAACUGUAUCUGUAUUUACCAAGUACCUUAUAAAGUGAACAUUCUCUAUUAGAAGAUAAUCACUCAUUAUUUUUUAAAAAGCUAUUGGAUCACUCCAAGGUUAUACAGUAUUUCAUGUUGAAAUUAUAUAGAGAACAAACUGGAGUAUUUGAAAUGGCCUUAAAAGAAUUGUAAAUGAGAAUGUUCACAACUAUUGCUAAGAUCUAGCCAUACUAUAUUUACACUAGAGAAUUAAUACUUUGUAUAGUGUCAACAUGCGAUGCUUCCGAGCCCGUAGUGGCUUCACGUCAGACGUACUGGUGAACCAUUACUAGUUCCUAGCAUAAUCUAUUGGCCAAUAUUAGUACAAUCGUGGUACAACAAAGCAAACGCACUUGCUGGAGCAGAAAAAAUGUUACACUACCCUAAAUCAUGUCGACCCUAUAUAUGAAGAAUAUAUUCUCUAGGCUGUUACAUUUAAUUUAGCUACUAUGGGAUAUUGUAGAAUAGGUCAUAAAGAGCACACUUAUGAUCUGGCCCAUAGAAUUCCGUGUGCGUGAUUUUAGGAUUUAUAUUAAUUAUUACUGAACGAUGCAUUUUUAUAACUUUGUAAAUCAAUUCGUCUUUUUUAUGAAACAAAGAAAAAACGUAAAGGUCAAAUCGUGGACCUCGAAGCAACUGUGAUAUUCCCGUGGGCCAGGUUACACUAGGCAGACUCACUCCUUAGGUUCCUGGUCAUUGCAAUAAGCGUUGUGCGCAAGUGUGUGUGAAAGGAGUUAGACUGCUUAUUCGUGUGUAAAUAUUCAUGUUUGUAGAUAAACUUACUUACGUUCUAUGUAUAUAUAUCAUAGUUCUGUGUGUUUCUUAAUUUUGUUCCUCAAGUGACAGGUUUCAAAAAUACAGCAACAACUGGUUUUUUGCAAUUGUAAGAUACAACAAAAUAUGUAUAAAAGGAAAUCAGUUAUAUUGAGUUUGAAA